AUGAAUGAAUAUUUUAAAACAAAAAAAUCAAACACUAAAUUGUUGUGUAGAUACGCUGAACCAAGAGAUUUCGAAAAGUUAGUUCAAAUCGUUAGUUGGGCUUUCUUGGGCAAACCUGAUGUUGAAUCAUGGACUACCACUAAAGAGUUGAUUACCGGUAUCCGUUUGAAUGUAGAGCAGCUAGAGAAAUACUAUGCAAAGAGUAGAGAUUUGGAUGUUCUUUUUGUAUUAGAGAAAGUAGUUGAAAACACUGAUGCUGCAAACACUGACAACAAUGACAACAACAACAACGUAGAUGGCGCAAGCAUUGACAACGCAGCAAAAUGGAAACCGACCGGCGAGAUUGUUGGAUGUAUCGAAUGUGAUAGACAACCUACAUCGAUGGAUAUUGGUGAGCUUCAUAUGCUGGCUGUUGACCCUGCAUAUCAGAGUGACGGAAUUGGUUCGAUCUUGAUGAACGUCGCAGAACGUCAGAUGUCAGAGGUUUGGAAAGUAAAGAAAUCGAUACUCAGUAUAAUCAGUUGCCGUGAAGAGAUUUUCAAUUGGUACUCAAAGUCCUACGGAUAUCAAAGAGAAGGUGAUGACAUUCCAUUUGAAUAUCCUGAUUUAGCUCCAAAAGGUGAUCAAACUUUAGGUUUAACUUUUAUGUGUAAAUAUUAUAAUCAAGAUGAUCUUACCCAAAGACAAUAA